GCUGCGGGAGCCCAGCGCGACCGCGCGGCCACCGCUCCGCCGUGUGUCCGGCGGCAGCCGCCGUAAGGGGGGCGGGGCGGGCGCCGGGCGGAAGGAGACGUGGGCUUGGGCAGGAAGGCGGAAGCGAUGGCGGCGGCGGAGGCCGAGUGGGAGCCGGCGGGGCUGCUGCCGGCCCCGGGAAGCGGCCUCGAUUGGGAGGCGGUGCUGGGCGAGGAGUUGAGCGAGGAGCUGAGCGAGUUGCUGGGCGCCGCGGAGGCUCGGCGGGCCUUAAGAGACGAGCCCGAGGAGAAUGAUCUCUGCAACUUUCAGUUUGAUUUGGAUUUGAUGUCUUGGGACUCAGACCUUUGGAAUAUUACGGGCCAUGCUUACACAGAUAAAAGCGUGAAGACAGAACCCUUAUCGCCAGCCGCUUCAAGUUGUUCCGUCCCUUCUCCAUCAGUGGACUCUCCAGUGCAGAAUGUGCCUGAUGAUGUGGACUUCAGCCAUAGUUCCCAGAUGUCUCCCAUCUCUCUCUAUGGCAAGAGCUGCAAAAGCCCUGCAUCCCCUGAAGGAGAUGAUGGGAAGAAGCCUGUUGUCAACAUUGCUUCACGGUCUGCAAAUAAUUCUCCAAGGACCCUGAAGAGAUGUGGUCGGGCAGCAUCCAAGCCUUUCAUUCAGCCCAAACCCCUUUUGCCUGCUGUACCUGAAACACAGACUAACAUUGGCAUCCCAGCUAAAACCAUCAUUAUUCAGACUCUUCCUACACUUGUGCCACUGCCAAAGCAUCAGCCACUUGUUAACAUCCAGCCAGCACCUCCUAAAGGUCAAUCACUGGUGCAUCCCCAGCCCACUGUGGUACAGCUUCAGGCUUCUGGGGUGCUUUCCGCCUCCCAGCCAGUCAUUGCUGUCACUGGAGGAACCACUCCGCUGCACAAUCAUACAGUGAAUGCAUUGCAUCCAGCCACUAGCAAUGGCUCAACAAAGGGCAAAAUAACAGUGACUAAACCCUUGCUUCAGAGCACCACACCAGCAAUGGCACUGGAUGUCAAUGUCUUGAGAAGGCAGCAGCGCAUGAUCAAAAACAGGGAGUCAGCCUUUCAGUCACGGAAGAAAAAGAAGGAAUACAUGUUGGGACUGGAGGCCAGACUGGAAGCAGCCUUGCUGGAGAAUGAGAAACUCAAGAAAGAAAACAGCACACUGAAGAGGCAACUGGAUGAAGUAGUUUUAGAGAAUGAGAAGCUGAAAGUAUCAUCUCCAAAGAGAAGGACCCUGUGCGUGAUGGUGAUAUUGGCUUUCAUAAUGUUGAAUUAUGGUCCUUUGAGUGUGUUUGAAAAAGAUCCAAAUGGAGUUGAUUCCACUGUGACUUCCAACCAUCGAACCAGAAACCUUCUGGAGUUCUCAACCAGCCAGGAGGCCAGUGCAGCUCCAAAGAUACCUGUGGACAUCAUUUCUGAGAAGAGUAAUAGUUAUGAUGGUUCUGUAUCUGAUAACAAAGCAUUGAUGAUAGUCUCAGAAGAACCACUCUUGUAUAUUUCACCACCCUCACCCCCUUGCCGACCUCUGAUCAACCGGACAGAGUCACUCAGGCUAAAUCAUGAACUUCGAGGAUGGGUUCAUAGGCAUGAAGUGGAACGAACAAGAUCCAGAAGGCUGUCAAAUAGCCAACAGCAGAAGGCACGGGUUAUGCAGAGCUCCCUCAGUAAGAAGUCAGAUUCCCAGCUAAUGGCUAUGCCUUACACAGACACCAGCCUCAGCAGGAACUCAGGGAAUGAGCUGCAAGUGUAUUAUGCCUCUCCAAGGAGCUAUCAAGACUUUUUUGAGGCUAUUCAUAGAAGGGAAGAUACAUUCUACGUGGUGUCAUUUCGCAGAGACCACCUGUUACUGCCAGCCACCACACAUAACAAGACCAGAAGACCAAAGAUGUCUAUAGUGUUGCCAGCUGUAAACAUCAAUGAGAAUGUGAUCAACGGGCAAGACUAUGAGGUGAUGAUGCAGAUCGACUGUGAAGUGAUGGACACCAGGAUCCUCCACAUCAAAAGUUCAUCUGUCCCUCCAUACCUCCGAGAGCAGCGCAGAAAUCACACUAACACCUUCUACAGUGCGUCUCCCUCCGUCCCAGAGACUCCCCAUGCCCUCAGGGCUAUUGUCAAAUCCCUGCAGUAGCUCCUCUGGCACCCAACAUAGAGCAGAUCCUGCUGCCAGACUGAGCCCCUUCAGUGGCAGGUCUCUGGGGCACCUGGCACAUCUGCACAGCAAGGGCAGACCCCACUUAACCUAGUCCUGUGCCUGACCCAACCCAAUGGCCACAUCCUGCCCUAGAAUUAUAGAGCUCAGAUGGAUCCUUGCCAGAAACAGACCUGGAGAACCCAUGCAGUGUGCACUGCCUGGUGACAAAGGUGCAGGUGAGACCAGCUGCUGCAGUCCUGAUGUUGGCAUCAGCAGCUGGCUGACACAGGGGGGACACAGGCCAUCCUUGCCACUUAUGGUUGGCUUUUUUUUCUUUCUCCCCCUUAAACCACCUCCUGAGGUGAGGUCCUAGGCACUGGGGUCCUGUCCAUGUUCAGCAUCAGGCUUCCCUCACUGCAGCGUGCUCAGAGCAGCAAGAGGAAGCAGUGUCCUGCUCCCAACUGCAAGGCUGAGCCUCAUCCCUGCACUCCACACUGGGUCUGCUACUCCAGCAGGUCUGCCACCCUGCACUCCAGGAGCAGGAAAAUCCCUCCUCUGCAAGAAUGGCUGUGUCCUGGCCUGACCAUACGGCACUGGUCCUCAGCAACCCCACAUACCUGCCCACGUCCCUGCCUGGGCAACCUCCCUUACCAGGCAGCCCCAAGCUGCUCCUCAGGGUUGCAGCAGUGCCAUGGGGCAACCCAGCGCCAUCCACCCAGUGGGGUGGUGGGUGCCUGCACUUAACAUCUGAAGCACUAUGAGCUGUCUUCAGCCAUGCAGCUGCGCGGCAAAAGGCUGGGCCAAGGAGGGGUGGCUUAGUGCAGCACACUUCUAAAAGUUCUACUGCUGUUUGUUUGUUUCACUUGGGGUUUUUGGUGUGGUUUUUGUUUGGUUCCCCCCAUCCCUCUUCUGUUUUUUCAUUUGAGGUCUCUCUUUUUUUUGGGGGGGGGUGAUAUUUAAUGUUUUUCACUGCUAAUGGCCUACAGAACAGUGCUGGCCCUGAAUGGGCAGAAGACCUGGGACACAGCCACAGCACCUUUCUGCUGAAACACAGACACUAAUGUACACAUGUGCUCACACCCACGCACCUUUGCUGUGCCACCUGUCCCACAUGCCACAGGGCAGUGUGCUCCUUGCACCUGGGCACUAAGACACGGCUUUUGCUGCAGCCUGCUGCUGCCUGUUACACUGCACAGCUCUGGUAGCUGGUCCCAGGUUUGUCAACCAUGGCCAAGGCAGGAGCUGGGCCAGGGGGCUCCAGUGCAGGGUGCACUGCGGUGCUCAGCUGGGCUGAGCGGCCAGCAGAGCAUCGACCUUGCAUAAUGACUUCAGCAUGUCACAUUCGUUUUCUUUCCCCUUUGCCGUUAGCACAGAGGAUGAUGAGCUUCAGUUUGCCAGCCAGCUGCCUUUCCUCCUUUGUCUGAACUGCUGACUGGGGGAGGGGGGGUGCGUUGUUAUUAUUAUUAAUUAGUUAUUGUGUGUGUGGCCGUUAGGAAAUAGAGGUGUUGCUCCUGCACAAGACAAACAGCUCGGGGAGGCGAGGAGGAGGGCGAGGAGCAGUCCUGUGCAGUUGUGUGCCUUGCAGCACUCUGGAAAAGCUUUGCCCUUUGCCACGUAGUCAGCGCUGCGCAGGCCCCCGGCCCCCUGGCGCUGGCGCUGCUGGGAAGCAGCCGGGCUCGGCUAGGGGCUUGGCUGUGCUCCUUGCACCAGUUCGUGUUCCUGGCCCCGGCCCCACCUGACUCUGGGCCAGCUCACACAAUAGUCAAAAAUAAAACCCCGGCAAUGCCCCAGCCACAGGCACGCAGCAACCCCGCAGCACUGGCUGCUGCUUGGAGGGAGAGGGAGGGGCAGCGAGGCGGAUGGUUGCUGCUGGGAAGGGAACCUGGCCGCGGUGCCUGAGCUUGGCACAGCCCAGCAGGUUGGAAAGGGCUGCUGCGGGGGGCUGGGGGCAUGGGCACCGCUGUGGCACUGCGUCCUCUGACUAUACCUGUGGGCUCCAGUAGUGGAGAGCUCCUCUUGUCCCGUGUAGUUCUGCUCUGUGUCCCUAGCACUGAAGGCAAUAAAAUGGUUAUUUUAUUUAUUA